UGGUACAGGGUUAAGUUCGUUUGUGGCAGCAUAGACAAAGUCUAUGGUUGGCAGUUUCUCCCGCAAAUGUUGACUCCAAUUUAUGACUCCGCAAACGGAAAGUAGUAUCGAAACCUCUGUGGUGAAACAUGGAUUAAUCGUUGGAUUAAUCCUUUGGCUAACUAUAUUAAUCCCAUCUUCACGGUUUACUGAGGGCCAGAUAUAUGAAGUGUUUUAUUUUGUUGAUAUGAUAGUAUACAUCUGACACUGCAAUCGUGUCCGUCCCCGCCUCCAAUCGAAGAGCGAUAUUUUCCUGUUACUGUCACAUUCGAAAAACUAACCUCGUAACUUUGUCCUUGUUACUGCUGGUCAUUGCCCUCGAUACACACGGAAUAAUAUGUCCAAGCGCAAAGGAUUAUCUGCCGAUGAGAAGCGUGUUAAAAUGCUUCAACUGUUUUAUGAGAAAAAGGAAUUCUAUCAGCUAAAGGAUUUGGAAAAAAUUGCUCCAAAAGAAAAGGGUAUCGUGGCUCAAUCUGUCAAAGAUAUUACACAAACUUUGGUUGAUGACGGACUAAUUGAUACGGCCAAAAUUGGAACCUCUAUUUAUUUCUGGUCAUUUCCUGGAAAAAGUAUUAAAGCAAAUGAGAAAAAAAUAGAGGAUAUCACUCAAAAUUUGCUUGAACUUGAAAUUAAACUGGCAAAAAUCCAUCAGGAAAUUCUGAACGAAAAAACAGGAAAGGAAGAUACUAUAGCAAGACAAAAAAUAAUGCAAGAGAUAACCAUGCUGCAGAGAAAGGAGAGUCAACUACAAAAUGAAGUUGCAAAGCAUGGCGAAAAUGAACCCGAGACAAUAGCCCAAAUGUCCGAAACUGCCCAGAAGUAUAAAGAUGCAGUCAAUGUAUGGACAGAUAAUGUAUUCGCAAUUCAGAGGUGGUGUAAAAAUAAAUUCGAUAUUUCUGAGACAGAUCUAAACAAGCAAUUUAAUAUAUCCAGAGAUUUAGAUUACAUCGAAUAGGGGUUAUAGUAUGUUCGUCAUUUUGGAAUAAAAUAAAACUGAAGCAGUAACUACGUCAAAAAGA